AUGGUACCUAUUCAUGACAAUAUUAUCAAAGUCAAAAGUACCAAUAGUGUUGAAUUCACCAACCCAUAUACCCAAUUUAUAAGGCAAAUGCAAUAUGAAAACAACAGAAAAUUGUGUAGAUUGAAAAUUGAUAUUCGAAUUGUUGUAACUCUUGCUGGUAUUGACAUAUAUACUGGUGCAGUAAAAUUGCUUGUGAAUACAAAGUAUAUUGUUAAUGGGUUGUUGAAUUGCAUUCAUGACAUCACAGAUGCUCGUGAAAUUUUUGGUGCUUAUAUUCAAGUGAUCUUUUUGGUUGAUGAAGAUAAGAAUAUUGAAACAAAUGAUUUUGGAGACAAACAUCCCAUUGCAAACCACGAUGAUUACCUAUUUAUUUAUUUUUAA